GUUCCGUUCCACGACCAGCGUGUCUUGUAGCAUCCACUGAAGAAACAGCGGUAAAUAUUUUCAAUCACACAUUGAGUUGUAAAGUUCACUCUUCAAAUAUAAUUUGCAAGUAGCUAAGAGUGUUCCAGAUUCAUAAAAUGGUGACAAUUAUGAAACUGAAAUUUUGAUUGAAGUUUGGUUUGUGGAUUGAAAUUUCAGAACCAAUGGGUUACAAAUGUAUUCAGUGUGGUUUUACCAUCAAAACACUUUAUCUUCAGUAUUCACCGGGUAACAUUCGCUUGAUGAAAUGUGAUAAUUGCAAGGCUGUGGCAGAUGAAUACAUAGAAUGUGAAUUCAUGAUUAUUGUAAUAGAUUUAAUACUUCACAAGCCCAAGGCCUAUAGACAUCUACUUUACAAUGUCAUCAAUCAAGAAACUUUGAAGUUUCAGGGACUACUCUGGAAAUUGGCUUCCAUUUUUCUUCUUUUUGAUGCUUGUAUCCAUUCUUAUCAACUUAUGUUUGUUGAAGACAAGUGUUUGAUCUUGGAAUACAGCAAGGGUAAAUUGGGUUCAUCAAUGAGCUACUCCUCACUAGUGUCAUUGUGUUGCAAGAUGUUGAUGGAUGUCUUCCUUGGGAACUUUAUGUUUCUUUUAACUUUCUUCUUUAUGGUCAAGAUAUUUCUCCAUAUAUCAAUCGGUGUCUCCAGGUGCAAUGACAUUUUGCUUGGUCUCCUGAUUUCAUGUUACUUCAAGAUUUUUCUUAUUGCAAUGAUGGUCUGGGAAUUUCCAUCAUCUGUGGUAUUCAUAAUUGAAUUAUUUUGCUUUUCAUCUAAUGCGGUAGCAUUAAAAGUGAUGACGGAAUCAAGUAUGAGUCGAUGUGUAUGGACAUGCUUCAGUGCAUAUGCUAUCAAGCUUUUUAUCACUCAGGCACCUGAGCUCAUAUUGUUGGGGAAAUUAAUGCAAGGCUGGAGUCAAAUGCCCUUCACAUUGUCUUUAAAGUCGACAUUUAUUUAAAUUUUGUUUCUUUUAAUAGCAGAAUUGUAUGGCCAAUGGCUAUUGUGUUUGUGAACUGCAUCCGUCACUUUUUUCUCUUAAAUUUGAUUUGGAUGUUAAAUUUUAUUCCUUUGUUCGUCCAGUUAAGUAACUAUUAUCAACUUCAA